AUGCUUAGCGGAAGCAUAAAUACUGUAGAACUAUUUGCUAUCACGUGCUGCAACGUAAUCCUUCGCCUCAAGCCUGAUGGGAGACACAUCCUUGCUCCUGCCAGCCUCCUGCGUUUCACUCACUCCUGCUCAGCUUCACAUGAACAUCAACAUUCGCUUUCCAUAAGUCAAGCGAUCAAAAGAUGCCUUGAUACUGAGAAAUUUCGCGGUAGUCCUGUGAGGAUUUUUAUCCGGCAAGAGACCGCAGGUUUCAGCUGGACGCAGAUUAGGCAGCGUGCACCCCGAACAACGUACUGGGUCGUUCUCGAUAGCAUCAGCAUCACCUCAGGAGUGAAUUCAGCCACAUGUGAGGAAAGGAAAAUGGAGUCGGGGAGCCUUGUGGACGUCUGGCCAUUGAUUACAGAUGGAACUUAUUCCAGCGACCUUGCACAUGAAUACUCUCCGUCGCGGGGGCCGAAAGCAAAAGCCCACAAGUUGAAUGCUGGGAUGAACUCGGUCGCUAUGCUGAUCAGAUGCAACGACUUAUGGCCUCGACUGAUUCUGAUUCUUGGACCAGUGACCGAGACCUUCUUCGGCUACGAUAUAAUCCUUGCUGAUGAACAGCAUUGCUCCAGAUUCCCCGCACGUGAAUCUAAACUUCUUGAUGAGUUGACCGCGGACAGGCAGCUUCAUCUACCCUGGGAACAAACCACACUCGGGCCUCAUGUGAUGCAGAUACAGGUCGUCGAUGUUCAACUAGCUACCGUGCGUCCAGACGGUUCCAAACUUUCGAGCGCAACGAAUCGCGCGGGUACACCCAGACUACGGCCACCUCUGUUGCGCUCAAAUGCUCACGAUAGUUCGUUUUAUGGAAGUAGGCGCGACGAGAUUCAUUAUGAAAAGCAUUUUAUUCUUCGACUCAUCGUCAAUGCAGCACAUGGCAGAAAAAUGGAAGCAUCGGACGGCAGCUGUGUGGAGGCGGCCAGUCAGACAAAUUUUCAGCAGAGCCAAAUGAAUAAUGACGAGCAUCUUCACAUGCUGCCACCGUUCCCUCACUUUCAGUUCACUUCUGCCGCCGCGUUGACUGACGACAGCUUCAAUUCCAACCAGCAUGUGCGGCAUUCAUCCCGCCCAAACAAUUGCCUCCCUCAUCACUUCUUUGCUUGA